AGUUCUGAUUAUGCUGGGUCUAUAGAAUGGAAAAUUCGUGUGUCAUUUGAAGUCGAGCCGUCGACGCGAACGCACGUAAAAAUGGCUUACAUAUUUGGGGCUAUAUUGCCCUGCUUCAUGCUUAUGAAUUUAGCAAUGGCAAAACUCACUGUGUUUACUGAUAUUGCAAACGAUAAAAUAGUUAAAAGUGUUGUGGAAUAUAAUUCAUUUAAGUUUGACAAUGUGAUUGGUGAUUUAAGUAAAAUUUCUGCGUUAAACGGUGUACUUAGAGCUGUUGGAAGUUCAAGGCAGAAGCGAUCCAUAAUGCAGUCUUUCCAAAAUUGUCCCAGUGAUACCGUUCUGGUCUUCGGCACCUGUUACAAGUUUGAAGUGUAUGAGAAGAUGCUGAAUGAAAGUGUAUACCUGUAAUUGCUGACAACAUACUCGUAAUACGAUGAGGAUCUUAAAAUACGGACUUUGGCAAUCAAGACAACGACUCAAGAUACUUAAAUUCCUAUUAAACUUAAGUACUAAAUAUUUAUUUAUUUAUUUAGUCUUCAUCACAAAAAAAACAGUGAAUGGUGGACUUAAUGCCUAAGUUUUUAUGUUGUUUAUUGUUUAAAUAUUGUUAAUUGGAUUUUCUCCUCUGUCGUGGGUGCGUUUACAAAUAUACAAUUUCACAUGCA